AUGGUAGUGACACUACUGGACGAGCGUUUCCUUGCCUUCUUCUUCCGCCACCUCCGGCCCAAUCGCAGCGGUCGCUACGAGGAUUCCUUCCCCUUCCUGUCCCCCUGCGGAGCCGAGCACAACUUCGUGCGCUGCCAGGACCUUCCCAUCGUCUUCACUCGGGUCCUGGAAGGUGAAAAGGCGGUCGGGUCGCUGCUGUCGUACUGCGGAGGCGGGGCUCGUUUGGCCAUCCCGUUUCAACCCGAGCUGUUGACUUUCGAUCCCGAAAACGGGAGGUUGUAUCAUCCGGGACCCGAGGGGGGAGGAGGGGUGGGGUUGGUGAAGUCGGCUUUGGUGGAGGAAUGGGGGGAGGGCUUUGAGUACGGGGCGGGGGGGGCGGCCCCGACACAUUUUGUCUGGGGGGGGAGGCGCUACGCCCUGCGUCAUCCGCUGCUGGGGAGGCUGCGGGCAUUGAGGGGGGGGGGGAGGGGGGGAGAGACGGUGGGGAGGGGGUGA